AUGUGCUCAAAGACGGCAGAUUCUUUGAGGUGGCAUGAAGAGGAACGUUCUAAAGAUGGAAAGUUAAGGCAUCCCGCUGAUGGUCUAGCAUGGAAAGACUUUGAUAGGGUGCAUCCUGAUUUCGCACAAGAUUGUCGCAAUGUGAGACUUGGCUUGUCAAGUGAUGGAUUCAAUCAAUUUCGAACCAUGAACGAGUUAAAAUUAUUAUGGGAUUCUGGGGUUGAAACAUAUGAUGCUUCCAGAAAUGAAACUUUUCAAAUGCGGGCAGCUCUUAUGUGGACAAUCAGUGAUUUUCCUGCAUAUGCUAUGUUAUCUGGUUGGAGUACAAAAGGAAAGUUUGCUUGCCCUUGUUGUAACUAUGGCACUAAUUCUCGCUAUCUUAAACAUAGUCGGAAAAUGUGCUAUAUGGAUCAUCGUAUUUUUCUACCGAUGGAUCAUCCAUGGAGAUCAAACAAAAGAUCAUUCAAUGGAAAAACUGAAUUUAGGCCUCCUCCAGCUCCUUUAAAGGGAAUUGAUGUUCUUAAUAGCUUACGUGAUUUUGAAAAUGUGUUUGGGAAGAAGAAAAAGAGAUCAAAUGAUGGCCCAUGGAAAAAAAGGUCAAUUUUUUUUGAAUUACCUUACUGGCAGCACAACUUGUUACGUCACAACCUUGAUGUAAUGCACAUAGAGAAGAACAUAGUUGAUAGCAUACUUGGAACUCUUUUGGAUAUUUCAGGAAAAACAAAGGAUCAUGCAAAAGCACGGUAUGAUUUGAAAGAUAUGGGAAUCAGGAAGAACCUUCAUCCACAAGAUACAGAAGAUAGUAAGAGAACAAAGUUUACAAAGGCGUGCUUCUCAAUGACAAAUGGAGAGAAAUCCAUCUUUUGUGGAGUUUUAAAGACAGCCAAGCUACCUGAUGGUAGUGCCUCCAAUAUAUCUAGGUGUGUGCACUUGGAUGAAAGAAAGGUGUCUAAUUAUAAAACCCAUGAUGCUCAUUUCAUGUUACAUUACUUGCUUCCAAUACCAAUUAAAAGCAUUCUUCCUGAUCAUGUGGCUAUUCCUUUGAUUCGUCUAAGUUCCUUCUUCCAUCGUUUGUGCCAAAAAGUAAUCACAUUGGAGGAACUGGAUUGCUUAGAAGUAGAGAUCAUAGAAACAGUAAAUCAGUUGGAGCGAAUUUUUCCUCCUUCAUUUUUUGAUAUCAUGAUUCAUUUGCCUAUUCAUUUGGUGAAUGAAGUGAGAUUAGGCGGCCCAGUGCAAAAUCGAUGGAUGUAUUCCACUGAAAGAGAAAUGGGUACAUUCAAAUCAUACAUUCGCAAUAGGCGUUUUCCAGAAGGUUGCAUAGCAGAGACACGAGUGGGAAUAGAUUGCAUGAAUUUAUUCUCAAAAUAUCUGCAUCGGGGUGUGCAUACCAGAUUUAAUAGGAGAGCGCGAAACAAUGAUGAAUGUGACCCAAGUGACGCAGAACCUGUGAGUUUGUUUUCUAACAAAGGAGUUCCUUUAGGAUCAAAGAAAACUGAUCCAAUCAUUUUAGAUGACAAGUCACUAAGUCAGGCACAUGCAUACUUAUUGGGAAAUUGUGACGAUGUUCAAGAAUAUAUUAGAGAGCAUGAGCAAGAGGUUAAUAAUCAGUCACGAAGAUCUAAAUGGAGCAAAGCCAAGAAUCAUUGUCAAAACUUCUCUCAAUGGUUUGAAACUCGUGCUUUGCAAGAGGAUGUGCCUGAUUUGAUAAAACAAUUGUCUAGAGGACCAAAUUCUGUUGCAAAAAGAUAUUCUGGGUAUCUCAUAAAUGGAUAUAGAUUCCAUGUUAGGCAGCGUGAUGCAAGGCGUAAAACACAAAAUAGUGGUGUUACACUAAUUGCCUCAACUACAAGCUUUGCAAGCUCAAAGGAUAAAAAUCCGAUUGCUGCAGAUUUGACUUAUUAUGGUAGAAUAGUUGAUAUUGAAGAGCCUUUUGUGCUUGCAUCUCAAGUACACCAAUGCUUCUAUGUGCAAGAUCCAUAUGAUCAAGAUAAACAUUAUGUUAUGAAGACUGUUCCAAGAGACUUGUUUAACAUGGGUGAUGAAGUUGAAUCUAAUCUCCCACAAAGUUAUGAAAAUGAGCCAUCUGAACAUUCGAAGGGUCCAUCUAUACCAAAAGAUAAUGGUGAAGUACUCUUAACAAGGACUGAUUUACCAGAAACAAUCAUUGAUGUGCCUGUGGAGGAAUUUGUCAAUCAACAACUUGAAGUCGAGUAUGAAGAGGAGUUUGAAGAUGAGUUCGAAGAUGAGUCUGAAAAUGAGUAUGAAGAUGAGUUUUCAGAUGCGUUUGAAGACGAGUCUGAAAAUGAGUAUGAAGAUGAGUCUGAUGAUGAAGUCGAGUCUGAAGAAGAGUCUGAAUAA